AUGUCAAGUCGUUCGAAGUCAAACGGUGGAAGUAAUAAGACCGGUCGACCAAAUCCGGUAGAAGGUGGUGUGGUUAGUGAAAGUGGAAAGAAUAAUAAUGGUAGCGAUGAUGUGGUAGCGGUGGAAGAGAUGGAGAAGACUAUCGAUGGUCAAACGUGCAAAAGCUGUGCAAAACCUGAUACCGAUGAAAUGGUGCAGUGUGACCAUUGCGACGGAUGGCAUCACUAUAGUUGUGUUGGGGUAACGGAUGAUGUUGCGAACCAGAGCUGGAGCUGUACCAACUGCAAGACCGCUAAAUGGAUCCAGCGAACUACGCCAACGUCAAAGAAACAACCAACAUUGAAGGAUGCCAAAACGGAGCUUAAGUCCAGACGUACUUUAUCUGUUCAGGAAGGUAGAACUUCCGCGCGUUCAUCCUGUGGUAAAUCCAUUCAUUCUGAGCCACCGUCAGUACCAGUUAUUCAAUCGAAUCUACGGAAUGAUAAGCGGAAGGAGAAACUUUUCGUACCAUCUGUAGAAGGAGUGCCAAUAAUCGAAUUGGAGAAGCCGUUGUCGGAAGUUUCCUGUUCUUCAUCGCAAAGGUCUGCUCGAAAUCGUGCCAAGUUGCAGCUACUGAGACUUCAGGAAGAAAGGGAGUUCGAGGAAAAGCAAGCAGAGCGACGUAGACAGGAGCAGCAAGAAGAGGCAGAACGCCGACGAAUAACGGAACAACAGGAGGCGGAAAAACAUAGGGAGUUCCUAGACAGGAAGUACAACAUUCUGGAAACCUUAGCUAGCGAAAAAGGAUCAAGUCGGAGUUCUCGCUCCAGUGUGUCCCGAAGCAGAGUGGAGCAAUGGGUUGAAACAACGAAUCGCUCGCCGGUGGAGACCGUUCAGCGUUCUACGGGCCCUGCUGCUCUACCACCACACGCUCUGCAGGUGGAAGCUUAUCAAGCAAGGAUACAAGAGGGGCAAUUCCCGCAACAACAAAAGCUACAGCAAGAACUGCUUCGGCAGCAACAACAAAAACAACUGCAGAGGGAAGAAGAAUUCCUGCGAUUGCAACAGAAACAACGUCAACUUCAGUUGCAACAGGAAAAUAUCCUACGCGAGCAGCAGCAGCAGUUGCAACAAGACAGAGACCGUAUUAAUAUCUUGUGGGAUCAGCAGCUGCAACGAAAAAGUUGCCUACCGCAACAGCAACAUGCGGAACAUGUUCAGACAGGGAAUGUGGUGUCUUCCCAACCAGCCUCUGCGCCACUUACCAAUCUACCAAAUUCUCACCAGAACCCAGUGCGUGGGCAGUCAGAACACUUCAGUCCAGAUAACUUGCCCCAAUCAACACAGGUUCUGUCAGCAUCAAAUGGCUUGAACAGGUCGAUUAGUAGAAUGGUGAAUCCGAACAGAUCUACUCAUUGCGCGUUGCGUACUGCACGCACACAGAGGACGUCGAUAAACAGCGCAAUCAUCGAAGAAGGUGACGACCAAUUCCAACUCUCACGUUCCCAGGUAGCAGCACGGCAAGCGGUUUCGAGGGACUUGCCUACGUUUUCCGGCAGUCCCGAAGAAUGGCCAAUCUUCUUGUCCAUGUUCAAUAGCACGACAACUAUGUGCGGGUUUACGGAAGAGGAGAACCUGGUGCGGCUGCAAAGGAGCUUAAAGGGAAAAGCCUAUGAGGCUGUUAAGUGCAGACUUAUGCAUCCAGGCAACGUAGGAGGAAUUAUGGACACACUGAGGAUGUUGUAUGGACAACCGGAGGUCAUCAUACACUCCCUGAUUGGGAAGAUAAGCUCGUUACCGGCAAUUCGAGAAGAGCGAUUAGAAACAUUAGUGGAUUUCGCAGUGAGUGUGCAAAACUUUUGCGCUACAGUCGAAUCGUGCGGUUUAGAUGAGUAUAUGUACAACGUCACGUUGUUACAUCAACUUGUCAGCAAAUUGCCACCGUCUAUUAAGCUUAGCUGGGCUACACAUCGAAAAACACAGCUCACGGUCAACCUGGCGACCUUUAGUGAAUGGUUAUACAAUUUGGCUGAAGCAGCCAGCUCGGUUACGUUUCCUACUAUCUCGUUGGAAGUAAAACCUGAUCGUAACGAUGUUCAUCGGACAAAAAAGAGAGAUAGCUACCUAAACGCACACUCUGAGUUGAUAGCUCCACAAGACGUAGAACCGCAUCCGUUUUCGAAAAUGGCAAUAGAUUCCCAGUCAACACCAACGAAGGAGACGUGCCCAGUGUGCAAAGGGAACUGCAAAUCUGUGGACAAGUGCAAACGAUUCCACGAGUUCUCCAGGGAUGCCAGAUGGGCAGUAGUCAGGGAGUUCGGACUCUGCCGCACAUGCCUUCGUCAACAUAAAGGAAGUUGCAAGGCCAAACCAUGUGGUAGAGACGGAUGUACAUAUAGACAUCACGAACUGCUACACAACGAGCAAAGGGAAAUAAACCAUGCUCCGAGUGACAACCAACAGUCAGCUCAACCGAACGCCAGUGAAUUUGGACAUGGCUGCAAUAUACACCGGACAACAUCAAACCCUGUGCUGUUUCGCUAUCUUCCAGUAGUGCUUUCUACACCUGAAAAGGAAGUACACACUUAUGCAUUCCUUGAUGAAGGAUCCGCAUUGACGCUGCUCGAUCAAGAAUUGGCUGACGAAUUAGAGUUGACUGGAAUCCCGAGCUCACUAUGCCUGCGAUGGACUGGCGGCGCACAACGCCAUGAGAAGGACUCCCACAUUGUCAAGCUUCAUAUUGCAGGAAGCCAUCGCAAAGACAAGAAGUUUCAUUUAGAAGAUGUGCGAACUGUCAACCAGCUAAUGCUGCCGCCGCAAACUUUAGACCUCGACGAGUUAGUGCGCUCACAUCCCUAUCUUAAAAAGCUACCCCUAGAAUCAUAUCACGACGCUCGUCCACGAAUCCUGAUUGGGAUGAAGCACGCUCAAUUGGGAUUGACGCUAAAGAGCCGUGAAGGAAAACUGGGACAACCGAUUGCAAUGAAAACACGACUGGGAUGGACUGUUUGUGGAGGACUGGGUAUCGGACAAACACCAAACAUGUUUCAUUACGUAUUUCAUGUCAACUCUUGUAACGAAGAAACUGACGAAGAUUUGCAUCAAGCCAUGAAGGAUUACUUUUCCCUUGAUAGUAUCGGAGUUGUAAAACCAGCUAAAGUGCUCUUAUCGUCCGAAGAGGAACGAGCUCAGUCACUUUUACAGUCUCGCACGCAUUUUAAUGGUGAGCGUUAUGAAACAGUUUUGCUUUGGCGCUAUGACGACAUCCGUUUACCCGAUAAUAGAGAAAUGGCACUCCGCCGUCAUCAGUUGUUAGAGAAGCGUCUGGAGAAAGAUAAGCAGCUAGCGGAAGUAUUGCAGCAGAAGAUCGCAGACUACGUUGCAAAAGGCUAUAUUCGUAAGCUUUCCAGCGGCGAAGUGAAACAAGAAUGCAAAUGGUUUCUUCCUGUGUUCCCAGUCACAAAUCCGAAUAAGCCCGGAAAAGUGAGAAUAGUGUGGGACGCUGCCGCUAAGGCUCACGGAAAAUCACUGAAUUCCGCUCUGUUGAAGGGACCAGAUCUACUCUCUUCCCUUUUCGCUAUUUUGCUUCGGUUCCGUCUACAUCCUGUGGCAGUUACUGGAGACAUCCGUGAAAUGUUUCACCAGGUAUUAAUCAGUGAAAAGGAUCAACGAUAUCAGUGCUUCUUUUGGACGGAUAAGGACGGAAACUUCGUGGUAUACGCAAUGAAAGUCAUGACCUUUGGAGCAUGCUGUUCUCCUAGUAGCGCUCUAUACGUUAAGAAUAUAAAUGCGAAACGGUUUAAGGAUGAGUACCCAGAAGCAUACGAAGCCAUCACAAAGUCGCAUUAUGUGGAUGAUAUGCUAAUCAGCGUCGCCUCCGAAGAAGAUGCUAUACAAACUGCGAAGGAUGUUAAAUACGUGCAUGCACAAGGGGGAUUCGUGAUGCAGAACUGGAUCAGUAAUUCCAGACGUGUGACAUCAGCACUGCAAGAAGUAAGCACGAAGGAGAGGAGUCUCGACCUGUCGUCAGAGCUGUCCACUGAGAAAGUCCUUGGCAUGUGGUGGAAUACUACAACAGAUGCAUUCACCUACAAGGUUGGAUGGAAUCGUUACGGCGAAGCGUUACUAAAAGGAAAACGUCGUCCCACGAAACGAGAAGUUUUACGAGUCCUCAUGUCCAUAUUCGAUCCACUUGGACUUCUCGCACACUUCCUAGCCUACUUAAAGUUCUUAUUGCAGGACAUCUGGCGAUCUGGCAUUAGUUGGGAUGAGGAAAUAGACGACGAUACAUUCGCAAACUGGAUUACCUGGCUGAAAGUCCUUCCCGAUGUUGAGAACGUGCAAAUCAGUCGAUGCUACAGCACCAGGUACUCGUUCGCGGAAGCCGAUGAAAUCCAGUUACACACCUUUGUAGAUGCCGGAAGAAACGGAAUGGCAGCCGUAUGCUUUAUUCGCUUUGUGAAGAAGGGAUCAAUUCACUGUUCUCUUGUCACUUCUAAAACAAGAGUAGCUCCGCUAAAGCUCACCUCGAUUCCACGACUGGAGUUACAAGCCGCUGUAAUAGGAACUCGGCUCGCUCGUACAAUCAUCGAAACGCUGGCUAUGAAAGUUACUAAGAGGUUCUACUGGACAGACUCAAGGGAUGUUUUGUGUUGGCUCAACUCCGAUCAUCGGCGAUACACCCAGUUUGUCGGAUUUAAAGUUACAGAAAUUCUGGAGUCCACAGAGGCGUACGAGUGGCACUAUGUACCCAGUAAACUAAACGUUGCUGACGAUGGAACGAAACGGGACAAACUUCCUGAUUUAUCUUCACAGAGCAGAUGGUUCAACGGACCGGACUUUCUGUGGGCGACUGAAGACAAAUGGCCGCAACCAGUAACUCGAAACGAAUCCACAGAAGCCGAGCUCGUGGCAAGUCUCUUAGUUCACUGCGCCUUUCCGGACCCAGUCAUCUCCGUCACAGACUACUCUAGUUGGCAACGAUUGCGAAAUGUAGUAGCACGUGUGCUGCGGUUCACUGCAAACUGUCGCUCCAAAAAACAAAAAGAACUGUUUGCGACCCGACUUGCAGGACCGCUUGGCGAAAGAGAACUCUGCGCCGCUGAAGUAUACCUUAUCCGACUCGCACAGCAAGAAGGCUAUCCUGAGGAAGUUUCCAUCCUGCAAAAUUUACCACAAAAUAGCAACACGCAGAUCACAGGGCUUCCGAAAUCCAGUUCAUUGUACAAACUUACACCUUGGUUGGACGGCCAUGGCAUACUGCGUAUGAGAACCCGUAUCGCAGCUUGUCAGUACACCACUGAAGAUGCAAAGACACCCAUCAUCCUACCACGUAAGCAUCAUAUUACUACCUUAAUAAUAUCGCACUACCACAAUAAAUAUCACCACCAAAACCACGAAACGGUGAUAAACGAACUACGGCAAAAAUACCAAAUCAGCCGCAUACGAGCAUGCUUUAAGCAAGUACGCAAAGAUUGCCAAAGAUGUAAGAUCAAAAACGCAGUACCGAACCCUCCGUUCAUGGCAGAUCUACCACCUGGUCGUCUAGCAGCAUACCAACGUCCGUUUACUCACACAGGUAUCGAUUAUUUUGGUCCAAUCGAAGUGGUCGUCGGCAGAAGGGCCGAGAAACGCUGGGGAAUGCUAGCCACAUGCUUGACAGUUCGUGCGAUCCAUAUAGAAGUAGUGCAUUCGCUAACCACUAGUUCGUGCAUUAUGGCAAUCCGUAAUUUUGUCGCUCGUCGUGGGCAACCCCGUAAAUUCUACAGCGAUCGUGGCACUAAUUUCAUUGGGGCAGAUCGUGUACUGAAGAAACUCGCAGAAGUUAUCGAUCAAGACAAAAUUAUGGAGGAAUUCGUUAGCUCUGAUACUGAAUGGGUAUUUAACCCUCCGCUGGCACCUCAUAUGGGCGGAAGUUGGGAGCGUUUGAUACGUACCGUAAAGAGCAACUUGAUGGCCAUCUGCAUACCGAGAAAAUCGUCUGACGAGGUGUUUCGUAAUACCCUCACUGAAAUAGAGAACGUAGUUAACUCCAGACCACUCACUCAUGUGCCGAUAGACCCCGAUUCAGCUCCCGCUCUUACUCCGAACCAUUUCCUGCUCGGUUCAUCGAACGGCACAAAACCACUAAUCACGAGUAUCGAUAGCCGCCUCUGUCUAAACCAGAACUGGUGCACUUCCCAGAUACUGGCCAAUCUGUUCUGGAAGCGAUGGGUUAGUGAUUAUUUGCCGGAGAUUACUCGCCGAACGAAGUGGUUUCAGCCUGUAAAACCUCUCACUACUGGAGACAUAGUGGUUAUCGUGGACCAUAAGCUACCCCGGAACUGCUGGCCUAAGGGAAAGGUUAUCUGUGCUACCCCUGGUCAAGAUAACCAAGUUCGUGUUGCGACCGUGCGGACUAUGACCGGAGUGUACCAACGGCCAGUCACACAGCUGGCGAUUCUAGAUGUUCAGCGCGUCGAAACGUAA